AUGGAGAAAACUUGCUAUUACAUUCUUGCAUGUACAUCAGUCCUACUCCAAAUAUCGUGUUCUUGCGUAGCCGUAAAAAAAUCAACCACCCCCGCCGUAGAUCAAUUCUCUCUCUUCGUUCUUAAAUCACACGUCAAUUUGGACCCUUAUGGUAUUAUUACAAGCAACUGGACCAAUUCGAGCUCUAUCUGUAGCUGGAUUGGCGUCACCUGCGAUUUGCGCAACCAUCGAGUGACUGCAUUGAAUAUUUCCCACAUGAGUCUCUCGGGCACAAUUCCACCACAAAUAGAAAACCUCUCCUUCCUUGUUUCACUCGAUCUUAGUUUCAACCUUUUCAGUGGUGUUAUUCCUCAACAAUUGUCUCUUCUACACAGAUUGAAGUUUAUCUCCUUACAAAAUAAUAGCUUUACCGGUUUCAUCCCGAGUUCCCUCUCUAAUCUGACAAAUCUACGAGUUGUUGAUUUUUCUUUGAAUUCUCUUCAAGGAAAUAUUCCACAUGUGUUAGGGAGGCUUCACAAUCUGCACACUUUAAACAUGGACUACAAUCAUCUCUCCGGUCAUAUACCGUCAUCCGUAUUUAACCUGUCGGCCUUGAAAGUUAUAUCUUUCCGAGGAAACGAAUUGACUGGCAGCAUUCCAAGUGACUUGUGUAGUAAACUUCCACUUCUUCAAGAAAUUGACCUAUAUUUCAACAAGUUGAGUGGCGAACUUCCGUUAAAUCUAUCCGAAUGUUCACAACUUCGAUUGGUAUCACUGUCCGACAACUUAUUUAGUGGGAAGAUACCUAGAGAGAUUGUCAAGCUAAAAUUUCUUCGGAUAUUACAUCUCGCGAACAACAAUUUAAAUGGUACGAUACCUCACAUUCUUGUUGAACAAGGUGUUAUCCCGUUCGAGAUUGGGAAUCUUCAGAACCUGACUGAAUUUGCCAUUGAUCAAAACCAGAUUAGUGGUACAAUUCCCCUCAGUAUCUUCAAUAUUUCUUCUCUCCAGCUUUUACGACUAUAUCACAAUCAUCUGUACGGAAACCUUCCAAAAGAUAUCGGGAAUCUUACAAAACUCAACGAAUUGGAUAUCUCAGUCAACAAUUUAUCAGUUGAACUCCCUUUAACGCUGAAACCUCAGUCGGCGGAUCGACCUCUUCCCGAGAGUCUUCUAAGCUCUCCUGAAGAACCGAUCUUCUUUUCUAAGCAAAGUUUGAAUCUUGAUUUUUCUUAUGAAAAACUCUCUUUGAGAGAGCAGCAAAAGUAA